CAGAAUAUGGAUUUUGAUGAGCGGAUCUCUGGCUCAAAUAUGUAUUUACCGAGCUGCACUUACUACGUCUCCGGAGCAGACUUCUCGGGUCUCCCUCAUUAUUUAACCCAGAGCCAGUCCUCUUGCCCCAACAUAUACCCUUACCAGUCCUCAGCCCUGCCACAGGUCCCGUCCGUCAGAGAUGUAGCUUUCAGAGACUAUGGGAUUGAUACUGCCAGUAAAUGGCACCACAGCAGGGGGAGCCUGUCACACUGCUACCCGGAGGACAUCGUGCACAGGGACGGCUGGACGAGCCCGACCUCACGGGGGGGAGAGAUCCUGGUGAAAGGCAGCUCCAGCGCCAGCCACUCUAGCUCCUCCAACCCGACGCCCGGCUUCUAUGGCAGCGUUGGCAGGAACGGCGUCCUGCCACAAGCGUUUGACCAGUUCUUCGACACUGCCUACGGGAGCGCAGAGAGCAACACAACGCCGACAGCACACGCAGCAGACACGGACAGACACGCCGCCAAAACAAGCCCUUCUCCGGCUCACCCGGGCUCGGACACGGCGGAGAGCUGCAGCCCUAAGUCGUCCCCCGGCCACAGCGAGGAGAAACAGAGCAAAAGCAGCAGUGGCCAGAGGACGCGCAAGAAGAGAUGUCCAUAUUCAAAGUAUCAGAUCAGGGAACUGGAGAGGGAAUUCUUUUUCAGCGUUUACAUCAACAAAGAGAAGCGCAUGCAGCUCUCACGGAUGCUCAAUCUGACAGAUCGCCAGGUCAAAAUCUGGUUUCAGAACAGGAGGAUGAAGGAGAAGAAACUGAACAGAGACCGUUUACAGUACUACACCACAAACCCCCUGCUAUAA